AAAGUUGAGUAUCAUUUAUUUCAUCGAUUUUUGACCAAACCUUUUGUUGGUUGGACACAGACUGGAAGUUUUAAAUCAAAGUUCAGCCUUGACAGACAGCAUGAAAAUCUGUUAAUUAAAUCGAGAUGUAACCAGUGGUUAUUUCUUUUAUAGGUCAUUGAUUUAAGGUAAGGUCUGUGGUUUUACACAAGAUAUUUUCAUGGUUUAUUCUAUGACAUAAAAUAUACCAGUGUCUGGGUUGGGUCUAAAGUCUAGAGAAGUUCAGGUUUGCAGUGCAUAUGUGACGACUUUUCUUUUGGCUUUUGCUCAGGAUACAAUAAUAACCUGGAAAAACUGUGGCAGAGAUGUUGUAAAACCCCCGAAGUGAAAAGAGAUUACAAGAGUAGCCUCCACUUUACUCUAGAGCUGUGUUAGUCUUCCAGCAUCUUAUAACUAAUACAGUGGAACCAGUCUGGUCUCUGUGGUGUGUCAGUGCUGUAGUAAAGCCUGGAAAGUCAGAGCGUCUGCCAAAAACCGAGGGAGUGAAACAGAGAAACACCUCCCCAAUAUUUAACAGUCUGCACCGUUUGACAUUAAAGCCUUGUUAAAUCUUCAGGAGGACUGCAGGGAGUUUAAAUGUCAGUGUUUCCUGUUCACCAGGCUGGAGACGUCCUCGGUGUUGGGUCACGUGUUCAGCUGCUUGUUAAUUUGGUGGCAUGUUUGCUUUGGAGUUUUUACAGUGCAACUGUGUGUGUGUGUGUCUGUCAUCUGCGUGAGUGUGUUUCUAUAUAAGACAAGAAUGUGCAAACACAACAGGGGUACAUGUGGACACACACACACACACACACUGGCUGGCCCCAUGUGUCGUGGCACGGUGCGGGUCUGUUUUUCCACAAGCCUUGGCAUUCCUGUUAAAACACACACAUUCUUCAGCAAACACAUGUCGUUGAUAUUUUUAGCUCCAAUACCUGACGUCAUCUUGGAGACCCAACAAAACCACUUCCUGUCCGGGAACCCUCAUCAUAGACAAACACACACACACUUCUCCCCUUCCUUAUGACCACAUUUCCACUUCAUUAUUUUUUUUUCUUUAAUGUUUUGUACUUACUGUGGUUUCGUACAAUUUUCCUCAUUGUUGAUUUUUGGAAGGAUCGAAGACUGAAGAGGUUCGGGAAGAAAAACAUGUUGUUGAAUCAUGAUGUCAUUACACAGCAUGUGGUUACGUUUUAGUGUCUGUUUUUUGUUGACAGACAGUGAGUAAUUUCUACAUUAGAUUAUUUUUAUUAUCAAAUAACCUGCUGAUUUUUCCCCUGUGAAUCAAUUAUUGGUCUGUAAGUUGUAUAUCCCUGCCAGACUCCAUUGCCAAAAACAGCAAUUUUACAGAGCAGAACAUGGGAGAUGCUGAAGUAAAGCUGCCUCCAUCUGUUAGUUUGUUUGUGUUACCUUUACUCCCCAAUCUCCCCAUUCGAGGCAGCAGUAUUCCAGAUGAUAAAAUGGCUGUUAAACAAAAAGGCAGUCACAUGAUGAAAGACGGCAUUUAAGAAGUUUGUAGUUGAUGGAGUUAUAAAUGAAAUAGCAGCAUGAAGCUUUUAGGAAAAACACUAGUUUUCCUUGUAAGAGAAAAGCUACCUGAUGUUACACCGGUAACAGUCAUGUAGUGAAAAUGUUACUUCAGUAAAAUUAUGUAAGAAUAUAAAGAAAAUGUGCUUAAGGUAUUAAAAGAGAGAUAGACCUUUUUAUUAAAGGGUAAGAUCCUCUUUGUUUAACCAGAAAUGUCUGUUAAAUCACUAUGUUCAAGGUCACCAGACUCCAUUGACAAAAACAGGAAUUUUAACUCACAGGAAACGGGAGUUGGCAAUCUACAGCUGUCGUGGUCAGUUAGUUUGUUUGAGUAAUUCUUUGGUACUUUUACUCAAGUUAAGGAUCUGAGUACUUCUUCCACCACAGAGAGUCACACAAACUGAUCGAUGCAACAGUGGAUUUGCUGUUGUGUUCUGCUCGGUAAAACUACUGUUUUUGUCAAUGGAGUCUGGUAGAGACAAUACGUCUGUUUCUGGUUAAAUGAAAAGGAUCAAACUCUUUAAUAAAAAGGCCCAUCUUUGUAGGAAUCCUAUCCACACUGUUAUCAGACACUUAUAAUAACAAUCUGAGUCUGUCAGUGGCAAAAACAAGAGCUUUAGUGGACGUACUUUGAGGUGGAUGAUUGCCCAGUUGGAUUACAUUGUUCUUGCUUGUGAAAAUAUGACCCAGGUUCAAAAGUACCAGAGUAUUCAGGAUUCAGUGUUUGAAUUUCAGACCACUGCACUGUUGGUUUGGUUUUGUCACCACUUGGCUGAGACAGACCACAGGACCAGAGGUGUCUCUCUGUUCUGCCCUCCUUUGAUGAUUGAACAAGCAGAUAACUGAAUGAGUGGAUGGUCUGGCUCAAGAGACGGGACACCGGGAGCCUCCCUCUGAGUCACACUGCCCUACAUGGGAAAAACAUUAAGUCUCGAGGGCUGAUGCAAACCUGGAGUAAGGAGUAAGCGAAGGAGGCAGGACACACUCAAAUAUAAACACACACACAGAAAAAUCUGCUUUAACCUUUAGUUUAAAAAGCUGCACGAUUGAGUGAGGAAUGAUUACCUCAUAGAGCACAAUAUGGAAAAUGUCCUAAUGGCAGCUGGCGGGCGUGCAGUCGUUCUCACGUUAACAGCAGUGACAUGCUGGUUAUGAUGGACAGAUAGCAGAAGGAGGACGACAAGAUGUCUUUCUUUGGCCUGGACUGUGUCAGGAAGAAAGAGAGAGAGCUGGAGAGGAAAAUCCGUGCCAACGACAGAGAAUACAACCUCUCCUUUAGAUAUGCAACGAACGCCAUCAAGACCUCCAAGUACAACCUCUUCACCUUCCUACCUCUCAACCUGUUUGAGCAAUUCCAGAGGAUUGCAAAUGCUUACUUCCUGUUUCUGCUGGUGCUCCAGGUGAUUCCUGAAAUCUCCUCUCUGUCCUGGUUCACCACUGUUGUGCCUCUGGUCCUCGUGCUAUCAGUCACUGCUGCCAAGGAUGCCACCGACGACAUUAACCGUCACAGGAGCGACAAUCAAGUCAACAACCGAAAAGCUCAAGUCCUUAUUGAUAGAAAGCUACGCAGCGAGAAAUGGAUGGACGUCCAGGUGGGAGACAUCAUCAAGCUGGAAAACAACCAGUUUGUCACCGCUGACCUCCUGUUGCUCUCCAGCAGUGAACCACUCAACCUGGUGUACAUCGAGACAGCAGAGCUGGACGGUGAAACUAACCUGAAGGUGAGGCAGGCCCUGCCGGUGACGGGAGACCUCGGAGACGACAUCGAAAAACUGGCAGACUUCAACGGCGAGGUACGCUGCGAACCCCCCAACAACCGCCUCGACCGUUUCACGGGAACGCUGACGUUCGCCGGGCAGAAAUACUCGCUGGACAACGAGAAGAUCCUGCUGCGAGGCUGCACCCUGAGGAACACCGAGUGGUGCUUCGGACUGGUGCUGUUUGGAGGUCCAGAGACAAAGCUGAUGCAGAACUGCGGGAAGAGCACGUUCAAGAGGACCAGUAUAGACCGUCUGAUGAAUGUCCUCGUCCUCUGUAUUUUUGGUUUCCUGGCCAUCAUGUGCACCGUCCUGGCGAUAGGAAACUGGUUCUGGGAGGUGAGGGAGGGCUCACAGUUCACAGUCUUCCUGCCGAGGCAAGAUGGCAAUGAUGCUGCUUUCUCCGCCUUCCUCACAUUCUGGUCCUACGUCAUCAUCCUCAACACCGUGGUGCCCAUCUCUCUCUAUGUUAGUGUGGAGAUUAUUCGGCUGGGGAACAGCUUCUACAUCGACUGGGACAGGAAGAUGUACUACGCUCGCAACGACACCCCCGCUGAGGCUCGGACCACCACCCUGAACGAGGAGCUGGGCCAAAUCAAAUAUGUCUUCAGUGACAAAACAGGGACGCUAACGCAGAAUAUCAUGACCUUCAACAAGUGCUCCAUCAACGGCAAAUCCUAUGGAGAUGUGUACGACUACACAGGCCAGAGAAUAGAGCCCACAGGGAGGGUGGACUUCUCCUUCAACCCUCUGGCUGACCCCCGCUUCGUGUUCCACGACCACGCCCUGGUGGAGGCGGUGAAGCUGGAGAACCCAGAGGUCCAUGCCUUCUUCAGGCUGCUGGCCCUCUGCCACACCGUCAUGGCUGAGGAGAAGACAGAAGGUGACCUUUUCUACCAAGCCCAGUCUCCAGAUGAGGGAGCGCUGGUAACAGCAGCCAGAAACUUUGGCUUUGUCUUCCGCUCUCGUACACCGGACAGCGUUUCCAUCGUGGAAAUGGGACAGCAGCGCAGCUACGAACUCCUGGCCAUCCUGGAUUUCAACAACAUCCGCAAGAGGAUGUCCGUCAUAGUUCGGAGUCCGGAGGGGAAACUCUCUCUCUUCUGUAAAGGCGCAGACACAAUCAUCUACGAGAGGCUGCAUCAGUCCUGCAGCAAGCUGAUGGACGUCACCACAGAGCACCUUAAUGAGUUUGCCGGGGAGGGUCUGCGGACGCUGGCGCUGGCCUACAAGGAUCUGGACGAGGAGUAUUUCGACCAGUGGAAACAGCGCCACCAUGAGGCUAGCACCGCGCUGGACGACCGGGAGAGCAAACUGGACCAGCUGUAUGAGGAGAUAGAGAAGGAUCUGCUGCUGCUUGGAGCUACAGCCAUAGAGGACAAGUUACAAGACGGAGUACCUCAGACUAUUGAGCAGCUGUCCAAAGCCGACAUCAAAAUUUGGGUUUUAACCGGUGACAAGCAAGAAACAGCAGAAAACAUCGGUUACUCAUGUAACUUACUGCGAGAGGAGAUGAAUGAGAUCUUUAUCAUCUCGGGGAACUCUCCUGAGGACGUCAGAGAGGAACUGAGAAAUGCCAGAACCUCCAUGAAACCGGAUGCAGCGGAUUCAUCGUUUCUGUCGGAAAGGACUUCGGUUAAAGGUGUGAAAGCGAUCACAGACGAGGUGGUUAAUGGAGAGUACGGCCUGGUUAUCAGCGGCCACAGUCUGGCGUACGCCCUGGAGCGCAGCAUGGAGCUGGAGUUCCUGAGGACGGCGUGCAUGUGUAAAUCGGUGAUCUGCUGCAGGGUCACUCCUCUGCAGAAGGCUCAGGUGGUCGAGCUGGUCAAGAAGUACAAGCAGGUGGUCACGCUCGCCAUAGGAGAUGGAGCCAACGAUGUGAGCAUGAUCAAAGCGGCUCACAUAGGCGUCGGCAUUUCAGGUCAGGAGGGCAUGCAGGCUGUGCUGUCCAGCGACUACUCCUUCGCCCAGUUUCGCUUCCUGCAGCGCCUCCUGCUCGUGCACGGCCGCUGGUCUUACCUGCGCAUGUGCAAGUUCCUGCGCUACUUCUUCUACAAGAACUUCACCUUCACCUUCGUCCACUUCUGGUACGCCUUCUUCUGCGGCUUCUCUGCACAGACAGUGUACGAUGAGUGGUUCAUAACACUUUACAAUCUGGUGUACACAGCACUACCGGUCCUGGGAAUGAGUCUGUUUGAUCAGGAUGUGAACGACGCCUGGAGCAUGCAGCAUCCUCAGCUCUACGUCCCCGGUCAGCUCAACCUGUACUUCAGCAAGAGGUCCUUCUUCAAGUGCGCCCUCCACAGCUGCUACAGCUCCUUGGUGCUCUUCUUCCUCCCCUACGCCGCCAUGCACGACACCGUGAGGGACGACGGGAAGGACGUCGCCGACUACCAGUCCUUCGCCCUCCUGACCCAGACGUGUCUGCUGUUCGCCGUCAGCAUCCAGUUGGGGUUUGAGAUGGCGUACUGGACGGCGGUGAACACUUUCUUCGUUCUGGGCAGCCUCGCCAUGUACUUUGCGGUCACGUUCGCCAUGUACAGUAACGGCAUGUUCCUCAUGUUGCCAUCAGCCUUCUCUUUCAUAGGAACAGCCCGAAACUCUCUGAACCAGCCGAACAUCUGGCUGACGAUCCUCCUCACCUCCACCCUGUGUGUCCUUCCUGUGGUUACCUACCGCUUCCUGUUGAUUCAGCUCUGCCCCACCAUCAACGACAAGGUGAUGUUCAAGGUGAGACAGGCCAAAGCGAAGCUUCCCACUCCUCCUCGACCGACCCGCAUCCGCCGUACCAGCUCCCGCCGUUCAGGCUACGCCUUCUCACACGCGCAGGGCUACGGGGACCUGGUGAUGUCGGGCCGGUACCUGCGGCGCCCGGCCGUGUCGCGAUCUUCGGGUUUCGCCCACACGGGUCGCGCCACCACAGGCUUCAGUCCCAUGGGACGGUCGGCCGGGUACAGCCCGACCGGACGCCCCCAGAACGUCAAGGUCCCGGACGUGCAGGUGACGUCGCUUCAGAUGUACAGGACUAUCACGGACUGAUACAAUACUGUUACUGUUUCUACACGCAGCGGGUCGGCUUUAGGACGGUGUUUGGAGAAAAUCUGGGAGCAGGAAGUCACAGAGAAGAACUUGCUCUGGCUUUCCACAGAGCUUCACGUCAAAGAUUUUUUAAAAAUCCUCCCACAAAGUGGUUUGAAAAACACAUGAUUUUUGCUCCAAGCGUUUUAUUUUGUAGGAGUUAACCAAAGGGAACUGCAGCAAAACGUGUAGCCACCUUUGAUGGGUGUCAGGAUCAUGAGCGUUGAUGUGAAACAUGCCUCAUGCAAGACGUUUCUGAAACUAGAAACAGUGACAGGGUGAUUUAUUGUCUCAGCAGGAGCUACCACAGAAGGGAGAGGAAACAAGUGUCAUCAUGUUUACAGACGACCCAGACUUUGUUAACCCCUGGGAGUCCAGAAGCACAGCGCGACUUUGUACAGAGGACAUAACCAGUGAAGCCAUGUUACAGAAGAUGCGUCCAUUUUUGUACCUUAAGUGUCUUUUUAAAGCAUUUUAUUUUUCCUAUCUUGAAGGCUGUAUCAGCAGUUAGCACUUUGGCAGCGUCACAGGGCGAAGAGAGACCAAAUAAAGCUUCUUCUUCUCAGUGGCUCAGAGGAAAUUACAGCAGGAUUCAGCGUUGUGGGACCAUCCAUGGACGUCAUGGACUUUUAUUCUUACUGUACGAUAUUUUUUACAACUUCUCUGUGCUGAAAGAAUUUGUCCUCUUUGUGUUUGAUUUAGUGCCACAGUGUAAUGAGACGUACUUUAUAUUUUAAGGGUUAAUAGUUUUAUUAUUGGUCCAAAAAUGAAGAAUUAUUGUUUUACAGAAAGGAAAUGUGCAGAUGUUUAUCUCAUAAUUUGUCUUUUUAAAUAGCUCUUCAGUGCUUUUUGUAUAUAAACUAUCCAUCAUUUAUAGCCACUAUUCUGCGCAGGAUCAUGGGAGGUUAGAGUCUGUUGAAGGUGGAUUCAUACUGAACAGUCUCAUCAGUCUGCAUUUAGAAGGAUUUUUCCCAACCAUGGCUUAUUUUAUAAACAAUUUAUAAAGUAUUUCUCAUUACAAAGAGGCACCAGAUUUUCUAAAAUGUGCCUCAGUGUUGAGGUCAGGUCUAUUCCAGCCUGCUGUACUGCACAUGAUCAUGUUUAGAUCCAGUUAUUCUAGUUCAGUAUUGCACCAGAAUGUCCUCCAGUGGCUGCUUGAGACCAGACUUAGCAUCCCCCUGCUGUUUGAUUUUAUCUGCGACUCCUGCCAGCAAACAAAAAAAAAAAAAGCACAUUUCUACCCCAUAAACAGCAGGAGAAGUGGACUGCAGUGGCUGUGUAGUGACUAAUCUGUAGUAGAAACGUUGUCUGAGCUGUUCAAUGUAGGAAAAUCAACCAUGUCUGCCUGUGUUCGGCAGGUUUAUCGCACUGUGCACACACUACAGCUCCAUCCACCGUGUUCAGUGCAGGUUUUUUAUUUUUCUGCGAACACACGGGACACAUUUAAGUGCCUGAAAAACACUGCUCAGAUGAUUUAUACCUCAUUUUAAAACCAGUUUAUCAGAUAUUAUACCAGAUAAUUCUCAGAAAUUAUAGGAAAAUCAUGCAUUUGCUUUCAGUAUUGUGUGUCUGACAAUCAAGCUUUAUUUCUAAUCAAGAAAAUUUAUUUUUAUUCAGCGUCUUUCCGACAUGUUUCUCUUGGAAAUCUGUUUAAAAAAAUGAAAGAAAACACAGAAAAGGAAAUUUCUACGUUACGCAACACAGAAGCAAUAAUGACAAGAAUGUAUGAUGGAAGAUAAAGGUGUUAAAAAAUAAGAUUUAUGCAACCAAGUCAAGGACAAGGAAUGUUUUCAAGUUAAAAAAGGAAAUGUAUUUUUUAUAAAAUCAGGUGGGAUGAGUCUUUAAUUUAUUAUUCGGUGUGAAGGUUUAUAGAAGAGUCUAAAUAGAUAAUAAUAAUUGAUAUUUUGUGGUUUCAUGUCUAUAUAAAUACUGGUUUUAUCCACAGUUUGAUUUAAAACAGCUGAUCGGUGCCUUGACGUCAUCAAGUUGCACAUUAAAGAAACAGUUUAAUGUGCAAACCCCAAACCCCGGUGUUGGUAAACCAAAGAUUUUUUUAUUUUAUUUUUUUAAAGCUUAAUGCGUCACAGUUAACUCUUCAAAACAGAAUCUGAUGCUGGAGUUCAGGGUGGUGAAGCUGGUUGUACACCACCGAUAAAAUGUCACUACUCGCUGUGACGUCUUCAAACAAAGUUUGAAUAUGCAGUGGGAAGAUUCACAGCUUGUUUUUGUGUCUGAUGUUUCCAGUUACAUUAAACUGGGGCCCCUUUCAUUGCGAGCGCUGCUUACACACAGAUCGCACACAGCAGAUAAAUAUGUAAAUGGUUCGUGUCUGCUCAUGUAUGGGUCACAAGUUUAGAAAAUGGCCUAGAUUAUCUUAAAUUAGCCUUUAAAUCACAUUCAACAGAGCUUUUUGUGCAGUAUUUCCAGUUUUACUGUGGUACUUUCCAAAAUAAACCAUAAACAUAACUUUUAUCAAUAUAUCUACUAUUAUUAUAUCUCUCGCCCUGAGAUCUGUUUUUGAUAACUUUCUCUCAAACGUGACAAAGAAAUCUGUUGAUUUUUGAACCUAAUAACCAUUUUGUAUAAUUUUGUACUUUAAAAAGUUUUUACUGCAAUAAUAAAAUCGACAUGACUCA